AAGGCGCGAAAGAAAUUGUGCUUUUAUAUUUCAUUUCAGAGUGGACUCUGGUUAAGUUUGUGAAUUCUUAGAAUUUCAUUACAUGUCUUGCCUCGUGUAAUUGAAUAGAACGUACUAACAGGCUGAAAAAAGUCAUGAUCUGAAAUCACUUUGAUGAAGAAGUAGAACUUUGUCCAGUUUGUCGGCGUAAACCGUGCAGCAGCAACAACAACAACAACAGUACUGCUGUAACAAUGGAGAUUGUGUGCUGUCGAGUUUCAUUUGCCCGAGAAGCAUACACUAAAGUGAUUACGACCCGCAGAAGGCAUUGUAGACAAGUGCGGAGAAUGAAGUGUUUUCUAUUGUGUAAGGACAACAGUCAUGAUCCUAUCCCUCUUCCUGAUGGCUGCCCUGUCUACAUAGGGCGCAAUCCCCUGACGAAGAUUGUCGACAAACGAUGCUCCCGGCAGCAGUUGGAAUUUAUCGCUGAUUACAAAAACCUGCAGGUAAUAGUAAAGCAGUUAGGUGGGAAUAGCUCAGCUGUGGGGUCCAAGGAACUGAAUGAGGGUGAGACUGUGACAUUGACUGACGGAACAACUGUUUAUGUGCUCAGUGGUCUCUAUCCUCAUCUGAUCAGGUUUUCAGAAACGUCAAAAACAGCCAGUCCGCACAUGAAAACAAAACCUUUGACGAAAGUAUCAUCUGAGUCUAGCGAUUCUCGGAAACGAAAAAGUUCAGAAUCUGAGUCCUUGUCAAGAUCGAAUUCCAAAAAACUGAAGAAGGAAGUCGUUUCUGUUGUCUCAAUGGAGGAUAACAAGGAUGACAGUGACACUGAGAUUGCUAGAGUCAAAGAAGUGAAGGAGAAGUUGAAACAAAUGAAACAGGCAGCUAAAGGUGAGCAGAAAGCUGCGGAGGUUAUACCUGCAAAGAAAGAGGUGAAAGCUGUGCCCAGUAGAUGUGGAAAACCUGCUUCUGAUUCUAGCUGGUCCCAGUUUGACAAACUCCUCAUGUACAUUGGCAAAGGAGUGGAGGCCAGGAGUAAGGUGGCAGGGUUUGACAUUGAUGGGACAAUCAUUGGCACAGUGUCUGGCAAGGUGUUUCCCACUCACCCUGGGGACUGGAAAAUUCUGUAUGGUGAAAUUCCCACAAAGCUGAAGCGCCUCCACAAUGAUGGGUACAAGGUUGUAUUCUUUACAAACCAGCUAGGUGUGGAAAGAGGGAAAACUAAGGUGGAGGAUUUGAAGACAAAGUUUGCAGGUGUGGUGAAAAGAGUGGAUGUUCCUGUACAGAUUCUUGUGUCCACAGGCUCGGGUGUUUGCCGGAAGCCUGCCACAGGAAUGUGGGAUUUCCUCAGUCAGCAGGCUAAUGAUGGUAUAGAAGUGGACAUAGACACAUCAUUUUAUGUUGGGGAUGCUGCAGGCAGAGCUGACAAAUGGAGUCCUGGGAAGAAGAAGGAUUUUUCCUGCAGUGAUAGACUGUUUGCGCUCAACAUUGGGCUCAAGUUCUUCACUCCUGAGGAAUAUUUUCAAGGCUGGAAACCAGCGCCUUUCAAACUGCCAGAGUUUAAUCCUAAUUCUCUGAGAGCUGAUAAUCCUCUGACGUCCCCUCCAGAUGCCAAGAUUAUCUCCAAGAAUCAAGAGGUUGUUAUCACAGUUGGUUUUCCAGCUUCAGGAAAAUCAUUUUUCGUGAAGACCUACAUGGUGAAGGAGGGUUACAUUCAUGUGAAUAGAGAUAAGUUGGGCUCCUGGCAGAAGUGUGUGGCUGCCUGUACCAAGUCUCUACAACAGAACCACAAGGUUGUGGUGGAUAACACCAGUCCUGACAAGGAGUCCAGGAAAAGGUAUCUGGAUGUGGCCAAGAAGUUCAACGUUCCUUGUCGAUGCUUCUAUUUUACUGCAUCUCUGCAACAAGCCAGGCACAAUGAAAGGUUCCGGAGCUUGACAGACAAGUUACACAAACCCAUCAAUGACAUGGUCAUGAAUUCUUACAAGUCAAAGUUUGAGGAGCCGUCUGUGUCUGAAGGUUUUACACAGGUGAUCAAGAUCAACUUUGUCCCCAAAUUCACAGAUCUCUCCCAUGAAAAGCUGUUUUUCCAAUACCUUAUGGACAAAUGAAAGCUUCCACGACUGGUGUGCUUUCAUUUCUAACUCUGGGAAAUCUGCUGGGCAACUCAGCACAUGGUGUUUCAGAGGAUGGGAAAUCUGCUGGGCAACUCAGCACAUGGUGUUUGUGGGUAUGGGAAAUCUGCUGGGCAUCUCCACACACAGUGUUUCUGAGUGUGGGAAAUGUACUGGGCAACUCCGCACACAGUGUUUCUGAGAGUGGGAAAUCUGCUGGGCAACUCAGCACACGGCCUGAAGUAAUAGUGUUAUAGUACCACUCUGACUGCUGUGGGAACACUUGUGCUGUUAAUCGAGCUCAGCAUUCUACACGAAAUGGGACUCAGAUAUAGUCUUUGCUUGUCUCUAUGCUGAAUCUUGUGAGAAUGGAUUCUUUAAGUACAUGUACUAAAUGUAAUGAAGGAUACAGCCUGUUAAGUUAUUGAAAAGUCUUUGCUACAAGUCAUUUCUCAAGUCCUCAUAAGUCUUUAUUUUUGACAGAAGGUGUUACUUAAUUUAAUUCUCACCAAUGACAAUCUGAUAAUUAAAACAACUUACUAAUAAGCAAAUAAGAAUUGUUCUCUUCUUGUAUCAUUUAGGGGAUCACUUAUUUUGGUAACAAGAGAGUCUGAGCAAGUGGUAAACACAGUUAAGGUUGUAGCUGGUGUUUCAUGACCAGACACAC